AUGAAUUUAUCUCCAAAUUUUAUCAUUACAACAAUAUUAGUAAAUCGUAAUGUAACGGAGAAUAUCAAUUCUAUGUUUGGUGAGGCUAACUUAAAUAUAAGAUUAGCUUGUGGAAGAUCAUCUGCUUCAAAAUAUUUAACACUUUCAACACCAACAAGUAAUAUUCCAAGUGUUUGUAGAUAUACAAUAAGAGCUAAAAGUUUAAGUGUCUGUCAAUUACGUGUUGAUUUCGACAUAAAUCUACUUCCACCUACUUUACCAUCAAGUUCAAAUAAUCUUCAGUAUCCACAAUGUAUGAGUGAUAUUUUACAAAUUGGACAAUUUCGUCUUUGUGGUACAGAUACCAGGCAACAUAUUUAUAUACCUUUUAAUAGAACUGCUGGUGAUACAACCAAAGAUAUAACAAUUACGAUAGCAGCUCGUGGGGCAGGAAUUGCUCAACCAAAUUGGAAUUUACAAGUAACACAACUUGAAUGUUCUUUGGGAUCACCAUUACGUAGUUUAGUUGAUGGAUUUAGUACUGCGGUUAAUAAUAUUUUUCCAAUACCAUCUAGAACCUGGUUUAAUAAUGAAAUAAGUCCACGUACAUUUUAUAAAGAUGGAUUUAGAAUAGCACCAAAUGGUUGUACACAAUAUUAUCCAGAGGCUACAGGAACAAUCAGUUCUUUUAAUUAUAAUAAUGGGAAUGGUGUUUAUCCUGGUAACAUGAGAUAUGCAAUUUGUUUCCGAAGAAAUGUUAAUACUCAAAACCUAAGAUUAACUCCACGAAGCUUUAAUAUUGGUUUUCUACCAAAUGCACAAGGAAUAAAUGUGGACAAUAAUUGUUAUCCACAAAUACAAACCCCUGGCAGAUAUGAAGAUUUCCUAAUGAUACCAUUAAGUACGCUUACUACAUCAAAUGUACGCGCUACUUAUUAUUGUGGAGAUAUUUUAAAUAAUGAGCAAGUAACAUCGUUUAAUCCUGGGCCGUUGAGUAUAGUUUUUAAUGCCGAUGAAUUAUAUGACAUCAAUGCUCCAGAAACUGGUUUCAGUUUUGAUUACGUUGUAUCAUAA